CAAAAUGUUAGUGUAGUGUAGCCUUCGUAAGAUCUCGUUUUGUAAACAAACAAAUGUCACAGCCUAUUGUAAGGAUGGAAGUUACAUCAGGACAUUUGAAACAUCCAGUACCAAACAGGGUCCCUCCGCUUACAACGCACAUUCUGGACACGGCGAGAGGCGUGCCCGCCUCCAACGUCCCAAUGCUGUUUUCCCGCCAGAACGAGCGCGGGGACUUCGACCAGAUCGAACAAGGAACGACAGACAAUGACGGCAGGGGCGGCUUUCUGCGGGGCGGUAGCUGGCAGCCGGGCGUCUACCGCCUCCGUUUUGACACGGACGCUUAUUUCCAGCAGCAAAACACCACCGGAUUUUAUCCCUUCGUCGAGGUUGUAUUUCGGAUAACGGACCCCUGUCAACAUUAUCACGUGCCACUACUGCUCUCCCCAUAUGGGUACAGCACUUACCGCGGCAGCUGAGAACGGAACUACCGGAUCCUGGCAUCAUCCGGGGACGAGAAGCAGUAAUUGCUUCACCAGUUUAUGUACCCUAGUAUUGUUUAUAUAGAAACAGAAUUAUUCAGAAUUGUUAUCGCAGAAAAACGAGGAAUAAUAACAAUCAAACUUUG